AUGCUGAUGAUUACCGCAGGCACCGGAGAAGCCGUGACAGUCCAUAUUGUCUGUCAAAACGCAGGUGUCGUCAUUAGCAGGCAUGAAGACUCUGUCUACAUUGAGUACUUCGAGCUUUCUCCUCUAAACUCGGCUGUGAUGAAACCCUCGGGCAGACUUCGCCGUUACUUUCCUGGGGCCGCUAUGGCAAUGAAAACGAAAAUAUAA